AAGAGCAUCCGUAAGGUUGGAUGCUUCAAUCGUGCAAUCGUGUCGCAUCCAGUCACGUCUUCCAGGUCGCGUGUCGAUGUGUCGCAUCUUGCGGGUGUAUAUGGCUCCUUUUUGGUUUUUUGAAUAAAACACGAUGAUGAACCAGCAGGAUGUGAUUUCGAGGACGGAGGAAAUUGCCGAUCAGGUCAUCCGUCAUGGAAAACAUGUAUUACCAACGCUUGCCCGACUAUGUCUCAUUGCUACAUUUCUGGAAGAUGGACUACGAAUGUGGUUUCAAUGGAGUGAACAAAGCGAAUAUAUGGAUAUGUCAUGGGGUUGUGGAAAAUUUCUAGCAACCGUUUUUGUCCUUGUUAAUUUGCUUGGACAAAUUGGUGGAUGCAUAAUGGUCAUUGGAAGAUUUAAAGUCAGCAUAGCCUGUGGCAUUUUGUUUUUUAUUGUUGUUCUUCAGACAUUUGCAUACAGCAUUUUAUGGGAUAUGCAGUUUUUGUUCAGAAACUUAGCUCUCAUUGGCGCUCUCCUGCUGGUUCUCGCAGAAUCUAGAGUUGAAGGGCGAUCCCUCUUUGCAGGCGUACCGACACUCGGUGAUAAUAAACCUAAAAAUUUAUUGCAACUAGCAGGGAGAGUUCUCCUGGCAUUUAUGUUUGUUACUUUGAUACGUUUUGAAAUAUCUUUCAUGCAGAUCAUGCAAGAUAUUCUUGGGAGCAUUCUUAUGGUCCUUGUAACAAUAGGGUAUAAGACGAAGCUUAGUGCUUUGCUCCUUGUUCUUCUUCUUACUGCACUGAACUUUUAUCACAAUGCUUGGUGGUCCAUUGCGCAUUACAAGCCCCUUAGGGAUUUCCUCAAGUAUGAUUUCUUCCAGACUUUAUCUGUGAUCGGUGGUCUUCUGAUGAUAGUAUCAUUAGGUCCUGGUGGAGUUUCAAUGGAUGAACACAAGAAAAAGUGGUAGAUGUACAAUCACCGGUCAUUUGACUUUCAUUGAAUCAUUGUAAAGACAUCACAAGUGACAGUAUCCCAUUUCCAUUUUUAUAAAUUUAAUGAGAACUUUUAAGAGCCACGAUACUGAUACAUGGAGUCCUAGUUAAUACACCUUGUAUGAAUGUACCAACCUAGACAAAUUUCAUGAACAAGUUGAAAGGAGGAAACACUACUAUCGUUACUGUUAAUGCAUAAUAUUAAAGUAUAUAAAAAUGCAAAAUUUUGAAAAAGAUUAUGAAAAUGUCUUGGAGAACGUCUUAAGUAUUUAAAACAGAAACAAGCGAUCGAAGAAUGGUACAUAAUAAUUUAUGUUAUCAAUAAUGGCAUUGUACAUAUGGUAGUACAUUUAUUAUGAAACAAAAUAUAUUUUUUGGUGUUUUUUAA